AAACUCCCACUUCAGCUCAAAAGCAAAUCAAACUCAUUUGCUAAUACAGCCGUUUCGAACAAACAUUUGUACGCUUGUUAACACACGGAGCAAUUAUAUACCUGUUUCCGCAAAUAUUGGGUAUGUCCUCGCAAAAGGUGAGGCCAAAGACCUUACGUCGUGCAGUGCACGAUACAUUCCAGAAUUACGGCGUUUCAGCGAUUCUUGCCGUCGUUUUGAUUUUUUUUAUUCCGUGGUGGUUGCGUUGGUGUUUAUUUUAUUUAGGGAGUAUACUAUUCUUAGCUUUUGUUAUAGCACCUUUCGUAAAUGAUUGGAGGCCAAGAGCUCGAGUCCCAGUCGAAGGAAAAGCUGUAUUUAUUUCUGGUUGCGACAGCGGCUUUGGCAACGGGUUAGCUCAGAAGUUGGACGACUUAGGUUUACACGUUUUCGCAGGGUGUUUGUUUCCUGAAGGGAAAGGGGCGGAAGCCCUAAAAAAAUCUGCUUCCGACAGACUACACAUUGUUCCCCUUGAUGUUACAUCCGAAGAAAGUGUUAAAGAAGCUCUGGAAUAUGUGAAAGAUAACCUGAAAGAGAACAAGUUAUGGGCAGUGGUAAAUAAUGCUGGACUCAACGAAGGUGCUGAACUUAUGUGGACUGACAUGGAAGUGAUUAAGAAGGUGUUAGAAGUUAACACAUUUGGUGUUGUGCGAGUAACAAAGGCUUUUCUGCCACUACUAUGCAAAUCCAAAGGAAGAGUUGUAGCUGUGGCAAGUGCCGCUGGAAGGUACACAUAUCCUGGAAUGGUUCCGUACUGCAUGAGCAAACAAGCUACUGUCAGUUUUUGUGAUGGUUUGAGAUUGGAAAUGUAUCGAUUUGGAAUUAAAGCCAUCACUAUUGAGCCCUGGAUGUACAAGACGCCUAUCACGAACGAAGACACCAUUGUGAAAUAUGUUACCAAAACUUGGGAAAAUGCUCCCCAGGAAAUAAAGGAAUAUUUUCCGGAAGACUACUUGAAGCGUUACUUGAAAAGUACCAUAAAAUUUAUUACGUUUUCGAUCAGCGACAAGCCUCAACAAGUUGUGGAUUGUCUCGAAGAAGCUGUCAUGGCCAUUAAUCCUAAAUACUUUUAUAAUCCGGGAACAUUAUUUUCUCGGUUUACAUUCUGGUUCAUUAGUAGGCUACCUAAGCCCAUUGCGGAUUUAGUACUGUAUGAUCACUGUGCAACGGAAGUAGAUUGACGUACAUUUUCAUUUUUUUUUUUUUUUUUUUAGUAACUGAUUUGAUUUAAUACUUUUUUUUUUAAUUUUUUCGCGAAUCCUCAUUUGAAUUUUGAGAUUUGCUCUUGAAAUAUUAUGUCUACCUCCUUCACAAUGUGUAGUUUUUUAUGUUGUUUUAUAUGUAAAUGUCAAACAAAUAAAAGUGUCGUAUUAUUAAAAAA